UUUAUUGGAAAUUUAAACUUUUUAAAUACUUUCGAAAAUUUUGAGAGUAUUUUAAAAUUUUUUUUGCAAAGUGAACUUGUGAUAUAUAAAAGUAUUUUUAUUUUAUUAACCCCUUAAGUGCCUGUGGCAGUGCAUGAUGAUUUGGCCACAAAAUUUUAUAAUUUGUUUAGGAAAAAAUUCCACCAAAAAAGCACGUUUUGAAAUGAAAUUAUUGCAGUUUACUAUUUUUAACACUAAACGCCUGCCAACAGCACGUAUGUAUUGUAAUAACAAUUGAACGGAUUUUUUUAUAAAUAAAUUAUUAAUUUUAUUAAUUUAAUUCUUUUUUUUAAUUUUAAGUAUUUUGAAAUGCGUUUUGGCAAAUCUAUACGUUACUUUUGUUCUAUACUCUUCAUAGUGGGAACGAUUUUAUAUCUACCGGUAGCUAUGUAUGUGCCUGCCUUAACUUUUAGUCAAGUUAGUGGUCUGGGAGUGCAUACCAUUACGCCUGUGGUGUGUAUAGUGUGUACGUUUUACACCUGUGUGGGUGGCCUUAAAGCUGUUGUUUGGACCGAUGCUGUUCAAAGUUUUGUUAUGUAUGGUACCAUUUUGACUAUUUGCAUUAAAGGUACUUUAGAUUUGGGUGGUUUGGUGGAAGUUUUAGAUAUAAAUUUAGAAGGAGGACGUUUGAUAUUUCCCACUGCUUCCUGGGAUCCUACUGUACGUUUAUCCUGGUCCGCCAUUUUAAUAGGCAGUGUUUUACAUAAGAUCCAAUCUAAUGAUGUUAAUCAAAUGUCUUUACAACGUUUUAUGUCUUUACCCGAUACGGGUAAAGUUAAACAGUGUUUGAUCUUAUUCACCAUUUUACUGAUGUUUUUAUUGUUUUGUUGCUGCUAUAUGGGUCUGUUGACCUAUGCCACCUAUUAUGAUUGUGACCCUUUAAGCACAAAGUUGGCCCAAGCUGAUGAUCAACUGCCCACCAUAUUGGUAAUGCGUAUAUUGGGUUCGAUACCUGGUUUGCCGGGUCUUUUUGUGGCGGGAGUCUUUAGUGCUGCCUUGAGCUCUUUGUCUACGGGUUUAAAUUCUAUGGCCUGUGUUAUAUCCGAGGAUUUGGUGAAACCUUUUACUAAUUUAAGUGAAAAACAAAAUGCUUUUCUCUUAAGAUUUAUAGUGGCAUUUUUUGGUUUAAGCUGUAUACCCAUGGUCUUGUUGGUGGAAAAAAUGGGAACUGUUUUACAGCUAGCCACAAUGAUGGGUGCUGUGACUAUGGGCCCAAUAUUAGGUUUUUAUACUACCGGCAUUUGUAUGCCCUGGAUUAAUCAAAGGAGCUGUUUACUGGGCGGUGUAGUGUCUUUUAUAACCCUAGGCUGGAUUUGUAUACAGGCACAAAUGGGUCAAAUGAGUGGUGAGAUAAGACAUCCCAAGUUGCCCAUUUCUGUGGAAGGUUGUACUUAUGGCUAUGAUAAUGCCACCUAUUGGGAGCGUCAUAAUUAUACACCCUCCGAGCGCAAUAUAUAUCAUCUCUCCUUUAUGUGGUAUACCGGUAUGGGUGGCAUUAUCGGUUGUGUGGUAUCUAAUAUAGCAUGUUUAUUCUUUGGUCGUACCAAAGCCGAAGACAUUAAUCAUGAUCUCAUAUCGCCUGUGAUACGUAAAUAUUUCCCUGAAAUUCGCAAAGAAACUAUUGUUAUGACCGAUGUACAGGAUUUGAAAGAAAAGGAGCCUUUAUAUAAUUUAGAUUUUGAAGAAGACAACAUUGUUAGAAAACAUUCUUUAGAUAAAGUAGAAUAAAAAAUAAAUUACGAAACUAAUUUAAUGAAAUAUGAAAAUCUUAAAGU